AGAAAGAGCGAGAGCGGCGAGCGCGGCGCGAGUCGGCGCCCGGGCAGCUGCACAUUGUUGCGGAUCGCCGGGACCAGGCAGCGCAAGCAGAGGCAGCGGCGGCGGCGGCGCGGGGUGGGUGUAGGGGGACGCGCGGCGUACCCGGCUGGCCCCUCCGCGCUCGGAGCCGCACCACCACAGCCGCCGAGCCGCGCGCCCGCCCGCCCGCCGCCUGGGCCCCGAGCCCACCGCGCCGCCCGCCCGCCCGCCGCCCUCGGAGGACGGCCGGCCAUGGACGCCUGCAAGUUGGAGCCGAGCGGGAGGGCGUGAGCGCGCCGGGGGUCGGGAGCCCGCGCCGCGCAGCCGGGCAGCCGGGCGCGCCGGGGGUGGGUCCCUCUCCCCAGCCCCGCUCUGCGUGGAAGAAGAGGGCGGGGACCGGCGCGGGGAGGAGAGCGGAGGAGGAGAAGGGGGCAUGACUCGUGCAACUUGCGGCGGGCAUCCACCGAGCCUCUGAGCCGCCGGCGGCCCGGGGCCCGGACUGCGGCCGCGCCGAACGCACCCAGCCCACCCCGCCCCGGCCGACGGCUGCGGCUGACCUGGAUCCUUGGAGCGCCCGCCGGCCGGCAGCGAUCGGCCUUCGUCUUCCGGACUGGUUUCUGGAGCGCGGGGAGCGCUCUCCUCGCGGCCCCUCUCGCCGGACCCCCGGCCCCCGAUGGCUCGGAUGGGGCUUGCGGGCGCCGCUGGACGCUGGUGGGGACUCGCUCUCGGCUUGACCGCAUUCUUCUUCCCAGGCCCCCAGGCCCAGGUGGUCCAGGUGAACGACUCCAUGUACGGCUUCAUCGGCACCGACGUGGUUCUGCACUGCAGCUUCGCCAACCAGCUGUCCAACGUGAAGAUCACCCAGGUCACGUGGCAGAAGGCCACCAACGGCUCCAAGCAGAAUGUGGCCAUCUACAACCCGGCCAUGGGCGUCUCGGUGCUGAACCCCUACCGCGAGCGCGUAGAGUUCCUACAGCCCUCCUUCAUCGAUGGCACCAUCCGCCUCUCGCGCCUGGAGCUGGACGACGAGGGGGUCUACAUCUGCGAGUUCGCCACCUUCCCCGCCGGCAAUCGAGAGAGCCAGCUCAACCUCACUGUGAUGGCCAAACCCACCAACUGGGUGGAGGGUACCCAGGCAGUGCUUCGAGCCAAGAAGGGGCAGGAUGACAAGGUCCUGGUGGCCACCUGCACCUCGGCCAAUGGGAAGCCUCCCAGCGUGGUAUCCUGGGAAACACGUCUGAAGGGCGAAGCAGAGUACCAGGAGAUCCGGAACCCCAACGGCACGGUAACCGUCAUCAGCCGCUACCGCCUGGUGCCCAGCCGGGAAGCCCACCAGCAGUCCCUGGCCUGCAUCGUCAACUACCACAUGGACCGCUUCCGAGAGAGCCUCACCCUCAAUGUGCAGUAUGAGCCCGAGGUGACCAUUGAGGGCUUUGAUGGGAACUGGUACCUGCAGCGAACAGACGUGAAGCUCACGUGCAAAGCUGACGCCAACCCCCCUGCCACCGAGUACCACUGGACCACGCUGAAUGGCUCUCUCCCCAAGGGCGUGGAGGCCCAGAACAGAACCCUCUUCUUCAGGGGGCCCAUCAACUACAGCCUGGCAGGGACCUACGUGUGUGAGGCCACCAACCCCAUCGGCACACGCUCGGGCCAGGUGGAGGUCAACAUCACAGAGUUCCCCUACACCCCGUCUCCUCCUGAACACGGGCGGCGCGCCGGGCCGGUGCCCACGGCCAUCAUUGGGGGCGUGGCAGGGAGCAUCUUGCUGGUGGUGAUCGUGGUCGGCGGGAUUGUGGUGGCCCUGCGCCGGCGCCGGCACACCUUCAAGGGUGACUACAGCACCAAGAAGCAUGUGUAUGGCAACGGCUACAGCAAGGCAGGCAUCCCCCAGCACCACCCGCCCAUGGCCCAAAACCUGCAGUACCCGGAUGACUCGGACGAUGAGAAGAAGCCCGGCCCUCUGGGUGGGAGCAGCUACGAGGAAGAGGAGGAGGAGGAGGGCGGCGGAGGGGGCGAGCGCAAGGUGGGCGGUCCCCACCCCAAAUACGACGAGGACGCCAAGCGGCCCUACUUCACCGUGGAUGAGGCGGAGGCCCGUCAGGAUGGCUACGGGGACCGGACUCUGGGCUACCAGUAUGACCCCGAGCAGCUGGACUUGGCCGAGAACAUGGUUUCUCAGAACGACGGGUCUUUCAUUUCCAAGAAGGAGUGGUACGUGUAGCCCCCACCGCCAGAGCCUCUGUCUGCACCUCUUUCUCCCCAGCCCCCACCCGCACGCCCCCUGCCCACCCCCGUGCCCACUCCUCCGGGAGCUCAACAGAGACUCACCCAGCUGCCCAAAGCCAGCUCCACACUCCUGGGGAGCGGGGAGCCCAGGGCACACACGACCUGGCUUGGUUUUGAUUUCCUCCCCGUCCCCGGCCCUCCCCAUGCUGUUGUGUUCACUGUGGCUUUGGUGUUGCUGUACCUUUUCUCCCCUGACCCUCCGCCUGCCCUCUGUGUGGGGAGCCCUAUUCUCGUCUUGUGUACCUGGGCACCCCUCCAGGGUUUGGGGAGCCAGCCCCCCCCACCCCCCAACACUGGAAUCUGUUUGCGUCCUUCCCACUGGGGGUGGAGGGCUGAGGGGGCUCAAAGGGGAAAAGCCCCGCCCUACCCCCAGCUGCUGCUGCUCUUUUCCCAGGGAGAGGGAACCCAGUCCUCCCUGCCACGAGCAGCCGGGAGCUUAGACCCCUGGUCUAGACGGCCAUUGCACCAGAGAGGCAGGGAGAGGCUUCUCCAAAGCACCCAGGGUUGUCUUGUUCGUUAUGUGAAUCAAGUUGAGGUCCCCACCCAGGGCCUUGGGCAGUGUAUUUUCCUGGCGAGGUUGGUUUUACAUUUUUUUUCCUCAUUGGCCGACAGAGAAUGAAGUUGGCCCAGCUCUGGUGCGUCUCUCCUCUUGAUCCCUAUCUGCUCCCCACAGAGUGGGGCUCCAGGUGGACCCUGACCCACACUUCCCAUAUGCCUCUACCAACGCAUAACAGACCCCUACAUGCACACUCGCCGCUCAUGUCUGCCCUUCGUUCCCCUGGGGCUACAUGCCCUCGCAGGCGGGACAGCGCCGGGGCCCACCCCUCUCUGCACCUUUUCCCCUCCCAGUGGAGGAUGGGGACAGCCUUCAGAAGUGUCCAGGGACAGCUGAGACCAGAGCUCCCUGGAGCCUCUACCCUAGGAGCUCAGGCUGGCCCCAAAAUCCUUCUUUCGGCAGGGGAGUUUCUCCCAUUUCUCCCUUACCUGUCAAGUGCUGGUAACUGUUGAUUCCCCUGGAGAGUCAGGGCUGGGGGUCCCUAACAUGUCCAGGUGACAGAAGUGACCGAGUACCACCAGUCAGUGGGGAAGGGAGUCGACAGUAGAAGCUCUGCAAACACGCACGAAGAGUACAGUGGGCAGCCCACCUGCCAAGUCCAAUGCAGAUGUUCUGGGCUUGCCGGAAAUGCAAGGGGAGCAGGGUCACAAGGAAUCCAGAUUCAGGAGCUCCUGCUCACCCCUCACCACGUUCCUCUCUCCCCUCCCAGCUCAGCUGUACCUGAUCUCCAUUCGGGAAAGGGGUAGGGGAUCCUUAGGGAAGCUUUCCCUUUGAGUUACAGGUUCCCUCCUUGAAUGGGGCUCUGGGUCCCCAUCAGUCACCCAAGACGAGGGCUUCCUGUCUGUACAGUGGGGGAAAGGUCCCUCCCAGCCCUCUCCAUUCCCCCAGCUCAAAGUGCCUCAGUUCCUCCAUCUGCCCACCCUAGUCCCCCCAGCACUCUGGAUAGGAAAGACCCUGGGAUGGGAGAGGCAGGCUCAUGCCUGCCCAUUAGGGUUCCAGUUAACUCAACCCAGGCUGUCCAGGGCUCUGUGGGAUGGCAAGUGUUGGGGGGGCAGGCAGCAGACCACUCUGUGCCCCAGGGGCACUGACCUACCCUGCCAUAGGCUUCCCAAGGGAGCCCCAGCACCCCCUCCUCCCUUCCCUGGCGCUGCUAUUGAAUCCCUGCCCAGCCCUGUCUCUGCCCUGGCAACCCUGGGCCCACCAGCAGGGCCACCCUCACCUGGCCCCCACUGCCCUCACCCCAGCCCUGGCUGCCCAGUAGCCACGUAGCAGAAGUCUGAAGCCAUGCCAGCCCUGGGGCAGCUCUCCCCUCUUGGCACUGGGGGUACUGGAUGGGGUAGAGCUGGAGGAGAACGUUCUGAGGUCUUUCUAGCCACAGGGCAGAGGGGUAUGGAGGAGCUGGGCUGCUUCUCCUGGCAGUAUUAGUGUCCCCCUACCCCCCCAGGGCAGAGGGCUUUCUCCAUAUUACAUCCCACCUCACGGCACUCAGGCCCCUGUUUGGUCUCCUUGUGCCCAGGGGGCUUACUUGAUAGCAGCAUUCUCUGUCUUCUGGAAACCAUGAAACAAAGAACUCUUCCUCCUGUGUCUCCCUUAUCCUGCACUGCCAAUCCCUGUUCCUCCUUAUAUGAUGUACUUAGGAGGGCCCCUGAGCCCAGCCAAAGCACUGAGUCCCCUUUCAGACACCUCCAUACCCUCCCCCCAAGCAAAGCACAAACUGUGGGACCCAUGCCACAUGCAUGGACCGUGUGGGAGGCUGCUGCCUGUCCGGGAGCCCAGCGGCACUCCCAGCAAGGCAGCUGCUACUCUGGGCAGAAGGCGGGCACGAGGCAGGCGGGGGUUGGCACUCGGGCCUGGGGAGGUGGGGUUUUCUGUACCUGGAGUCUGCAGGGAGGUGAGACCUGCUGCUGGGCUCCCUGACACAGCCCGCUGGCGGCAGGGAGGCCUGGCCCAACAGAGACGAGGACGCUCUGCUUCUCCUUCAUGCCCCAGCAUGAGCUGAGCUUCUGCCUUUGCUGGAAAUGAAAUAAACUUGGUAUUCCUUGUGCCAA